AUGGAGGAUUCAAUGAGCUGCACAAACAACAAGAACAAAUCUCAUUUUUCUGAUGAUGGACUUGAGUUUUCUUCUGAAGAUAGUAGUUGGUCUUCCUAUUUCGACGAUUCCGUAAUUAGCAGUAAUGUGGAAGAUAGUGUCAUCUGUUCUGGACCUGAAACUUCUUCAGUGUUUUCUGGUGUUGUAAAGAAGAUAAAUGUCAAUGAUGAUCAUAUUUCAUCGUCUAGGUCGAUUGCUAAACGAAGAAAAAUACGAGAAGCUUUUAUUGAUCAUGAUUUGGAAGACACCGCAACUUCGCCUGUUUGUAAUUCUGAGGUUCAACAUUCGGAACAAUUGCGUAUAAAGUUGCAAGAGAUAGCUGGCUGUGAUUUGAAUAUGUUGCCAUCAAUACAACAAGGCAAGCACAACUAUGGUAGCUUUUUUCAGGAAAAACAAAAUACAGGCUACAUUGCAAAAGAUAUCAACUAUAAAGGACUAAGAGAAAAGGGACUUUGUGUGGUUCCAGUCUCUCUGUUAUUUCAGGUUCGGUGA